GCCUCUUUACCAUUUCCCCCCACAUUCCCACUACACGAACAUUCUGUAAGCACCAUACUAUGAGCGGUGACAAACCUUCCGCUGUUCGACGUCUUGUCACGGGACACACCAACGAUGGGGUGGCUAUCAUAAAGAACGACGGAGUCUUACCCUUACAUGAGUAUGCUCCCGGCUUGGAAGUGGCACGUAUCUGGGUUACGGACUCGGUGCCAUCGAAGGACAACAAUAUCGAUAUCGAUGGUGCAUCACGACCUGUCACCAGAGACAAUGGCUUGGUUUCAACAGGUGGCACCAACUGUGUUAUCACGGAUUUGGCUCCAGGUGCAUCGACCCCUUGGCAUCGAGCAUCCUCUGUUGAUCACAACAUACUGAUCAGCGGGACUGUGGUCUUGAAGACGGAGGAUGGGGAGGAAACGUUGAAACCAGGCGACAUAACCAUACAACGAGGAACUAUGCACGCUUGGUACAACCCAGGACCAGGGUAUGCGAGAUGGUUCUGUGUUCUGGUUGACGGUGAACCUGCUGAGAUUAAGGGCGAGCGGUUGGAAGCAGCAAUCAAAGUAUGAUAGGUUCGUGUAAAGAACUUUGUACUACAUGGUGAUCUGUAUAAUAGGACGAUUUGAACGACAUC